GUGUCCACUGACAUGAGGUUACCUAUCAACUUCACUGAGGACAUCUACAGUUACGAUGUUGACGAUGAUUGUUACUUCAAUUACACAGAUUAUGAUGACAAUGCCCAACCUCGUUCAUGGAGCUGUUUCUACUGGGAUGAGCUGAUCCCAACUUUGGUGGUGUAUGGCUUCACGUUUAUCCUGGGAGUUGUCGGCAACACCCUGAUUGUGUUCACCAUCUGCCGGUACCGUCGCAUGAAGAGCACGACCAACGUGUUCCUGGCCAGUCUUGCCUCCGCCGACCUCCUGCUCAUCCUUAUCUGCAUUCCUGUCAAGGUGGCCAAGCUGUUCUCCUACACUUGGACUAUGGGGGUGUUGUUGUGUAAGCUUGUCCACUACAUGCAGAACGUGUCGGCCAUCUGCUCCGUGCUGACUCUGACUGCCAUCAGCGUGGAGAGGUAUUACGCGAUUGUCCACCCGAUGAAGGCUAAGUACAUAUGUACAAUCAGCCAGGCUAAGAAAAUAAUACUAGCAACUUGGGUGGCUUCCGUCAUCUUAGCAUUGCCUAAUCUUGUCAUUCAGGUCCACAUGGCCGUGGGGAUCAGAUUCAACCUGUUCUACUGCACUUUGGACUUUGACAACAGACCUCUCCUGCAACUGUACGAGCUCUACAUGUUGUGUCUCAUACUCGUCAUCCCCACCAGUGUGAUGGUCAUCACGUACACCGCCAUCUGCUGGGAGAUAUGGCAAGUCAUGCAGGAACGUCAUCGUAUGGUUAGUGGCAGAGCGACACAUAUGUUUGAGAGCAUUCCUCUGACCAAACGAGAAAGUGGUGGAUUCAAAAGUCCAGAUAAGAACAGUGAGGACCGCAGCAGCAAUGUUAGACAGGUGAUCAAGAUGCUGGUGCUGAUAGUGGUGAUAUUCGUGGUGUGCUGGGGUCCCAUCGUGGUGAUGGAUGUACUGACAGCAUACCACGUGAUAGAGGAGCACUCUGCGGGAAUCGCAAAACAUGCCCGAACAACCUUCCAUCUACUUGCAUAUUUUAAUAGCUGCAUAAAUCCCCUGGUGUACGGAUUCAUGUCGAAACACUUCCGUGAGAGCUUCCAGAAGGUGAUGUGUCGCCUGUGCCGAGGACCACCACAACGUCAGUUGUCGGUAUCCCAGAGUCGGGCCACUUCGGUCCGAUUCAAGGAGCGGUCUUCCGUGUUGACGCAGCUCACUACACCAGUUCAUCACGGAGUCUAGAGGAUAAUCCUCGAGAUGUAUUCCAGAGUAAAAUUCUUCUAUACAGUUCAAGGAACAACGAAGGAACGUCUAUCGGCAGUACGUGUUCAACAGUAGUCGUCCGUCAUGACUCAAAUUGCUACGAAAGAAAACCAUUUCCCAAUCUCUUAGACAUUUUCCAAUGUGAUUCUUUCACGUGGGUUUAUAUUUUUGUGGAAUUCGUGAUAAUUAAGAUUCGACGUGAAAAUUCUCCAGUAGUACCUCUCCUGGAAAGAUCCAUAUUGACACACUUCAGUACUAGGGUCCACUACUGCCUGAACACUUACUUUGGACAUAUUUCAGAUGUUAAUGAUAAUCAUAUAAAUGAUCUUACACAUUAUUGAUUGUCCGAGUUAGAUUACUUCCUCACUGCAAUUCGGGAACAGUCGUCCAUUCUCACCCAACUCUUCACAUCAGUUCCCUAAUGACAAUCACUUGAGUAUCUUAAUGAGUGUCAUAUGCAAGGUCUCGUAAACAUCUCCUAGACGUCCGUGGUGUGACUUGGAUAUGGUAGGUCUAUUCACAUUACUCGAGAAGUAACGUGUUGAUAUAGACUUGCACAACAAUGGCCUAAAUAAAAAUGCUUCAUCAGCAUUCUUAAGUGAUUUAUAAUCUUAUCUUCAUGAAUGACUUUGUGUCAGUCUACAACCCAUACGGAAGUUCGUUACUAAAAUCUCUUUUACAAGUGUUAAUUGUCAUCGUAACAAAACCGUAACUUGUGCAUGUCCAAAUAAAGAUUAUUUAACAGAAUCGUGUAAGGGCAUUUAUAUGAAAACUGGUAUGAUGAUUGCUAUUGUUACUCAGUAAAAGAUAGAAUAUUUCGUUAUAUGGUGCUUGAGAGCAGUGUGGUAUAUAUUUUUGAACAAUUUACAAUCGUAUUUGUAAGAUUCUUUCGAUGUCGUGCUGUUCUUAUGUUAUUAUGUUUUGUAUGUGUUUUGUAAGAAAAAUAACUGGCGUAUUUAAAUACCAAAAGUUUAUUAAUCUUUUAAGCAAUGAGAUAUACUUAUAUCUAGGUUUGAACUUCACUUAACAGUGAAAUUAUCUACCUUAUAUUUUUGAAGGAAAAUAUUACAAGAAGUAUUUUUCAUACUCAAACUUUAAUAUCAUUCUAAUAUCAGUGUGUUUAUGUAAAAAGAUAUUAGCUACAAAGAUAAUUCUAUGUUAAUUUUUAUGAAGUAAAAAUGUUAUUCUUCAUUUUUGCAGAAAAUACAUAAAGAAUAGCAAAAAAAUAUGUAUAGUAUCUUUUAUUGAGUAAAAAUUAAAAGUCAAAUGUUUUACUUAAAUUUUUACGAUUUUACGUUUUUAAAAGUUACUUGUGUAUUUAUAGUUAACUUGUACAAACAACGUUCCAUUUUCAACUUGUUCUCGUUUAAUUAAUUAACAAUGUAAAAUCUAAAGUGGUUGUGGCGCGUUCUUAGCAAUAGAAUUAUUAUCAUUGUCUCUUGAGUUUGUUCCACAAAGAUUACAGCAUAGAAGGCAACCUAUUUUAUGAGACAUUAUCAAAUUUUACGGUGUUACUAUUACUUAAAAUGUAAUAGACGUAUUCAUGUAAAGUCUAUAUUUAAAUGUUUUA